AUGAAACAUUUAUUGAGUAUUUUAUGGAAUUUAUUAUUUUUAAUUACACUUUCACAGUGUGAAGAUUAUUUUGGAAAAGAAAAAGAAAUCGCAAGUGUUUCUGAAACUGAUCCAUAUCCAGUUUAUGUUUAUAGAAUUGGAACAAAAUUUGUCUAUGAAUGCAAUAAUUUUUACUUUUUUAAAGAAAAUUAUGCAAAACAGUAUCAUUUAUACUUAUAUUCUAAAAAAAAUGGAACAAUAAAUCCUAAUUAUAGACCAAAAGAAGGAAAAAAAUAUAUACCAAUAUGA